AUGGGCCAAGGCUUCUCCCUGACUACCCUUUCGGCUGGCUCGGCCAACAUAGAUGUGCCAGAGCUAGCUGACCUGCAAUAUGAAAAGUCGCUUGGGGCUGCCCGAUUCAUGAAGGCUGUCCGAGCACGGCACAAAGAUGGCCUUGUAGUAGCACGAGUGGUGAUGAAACCAUACGCGCAAUUCAACUUCCAUGUUUACGUCCGGCGCCUUCUGAAAAUCGAGAAGAAAUGGCUCUCAUUUCAGCUUCUCUGUGCAGUGCGAGACUGUCACGCUCGAAAUAUCUUCCAUGGAGAUAUCAAGACGGAGAAUGUUCUUGUCACAUCCUGGAAUUGGCUCUAUCUCGCGGAUUUCUCCGCAUCGUACAAGCCUGCGCAUCUGCCAGAGGAUAACCCAGCCGACUUCUCCUUCUACUUUGAUCUCUCAGGACGUCGAACAUGCUACCUCGCCCCAGAGCGCUUUCUGGCAUCCGGACAGCAGCCCGAAGGAGAGGGCGAAGUGAAUUGGGCUAUGGACAUCUUCAGUGUAGGCUGUGUUAUUGCUGAGCUGUUUUUGGAAGCGCCAAUCUUCUCCUUAAGUCAGCUUUUCAAGUACAGGCAAGGCGAAUACCAUCCUGAACACUCUCACCUGAGCAAAAUACAAGACACCAACAUCAGAGAGCUCGUUGUCCAUAUGAUCCAGGUCGACCCAAGCUCGAGGAUGUCUGCCGACGACUAUCUCAUGCAUUGGAAAGAAAAGGUGUUCCCGAGCUAUUUCUAUGGGUUCCUGCAACAAUACAUGUACUCGAUUACCGACCCAUCCUCUGGUCGCAAGCCAGUGACCACUGGCGCCGAGCAUCUUGGGGAACCAGAUGAGAGGAUAGAGCAAAUCUACAAUGACUACGACAAAAUUGCGCACCUUUUGUCAGAUGGUGGGGACAAAUCAUUGGCGCGAGCACAUAGCUUACCCCCCAAACCAAACGCAAAAGUGUUCCCGCUCUACGUCAACAUUCCGAACUAUCAACAUCAGGUGACCCCUGCACCAAGUCUUGCCAUCGAUGAUGGUAACCUCGUAUUUCUCACGAUUAUUGUCUCUUGUCUACGAGGCACAGCAAGAGCAUCGGCUCGUGUUCGCGGACUCGAACUACUCAUGGCUUUUUCAGAGCGUUUGACAGAUGAAGCAAAACUCGACCGCGUCAUUCCUUAUGUCACUCAGCUGUUGACCGACAAGUCUGAGCAAGUCAAGAUUGCGGCUUUGCGUACUUUGACACAAAUUCUGUCAAUGGUUCAGGUGGUUUCUCCUCUCAAUGCAUACAUCUUCCCAGAGUAUGUACUUCCGCGUCUGGAGGCCUACUUGCCUGACUCGACCGCGACAGUCAGUGCCCUUGUCAGGAUGCAGUAUGCAUUCUGCAUAGACCCUGAGACAGAAGAUGAUUUGUCCUCUUCCACGCAUCGCAAUCAAUUUGACUCGGACCGUCGAAUCUUACUCGAAACACUAGAGAAGCAUACGAAGGCGCUUCUCACAGACUCCGAUGCUUCUGUUCGUCGAGCCAUGCUGCGGUCUGUGUCUGACUUAUGCGUCUUCUUUGGCAGCCCACGGGCGAACGAUGUGGUGCUCAGCCAUCUGAAUACAUACUUGAAUGACCCAGAUUGGAUGUUGAAGUGUGCCUUCUUCGAAGCCAUCGUCGGCGUCGCUGUGUUUGUCGGCGGCGCAAGCUUGGAGGGCUAUAUAUUGCCACUAAUGGUACAAGCCUUGAGCGAUCCAGAAGAAUUUGUUGUUGAGAAGGUCAUGCGCGCGCUCGCGUCCAUGGCUGAACUUGGCUUGUUUCAACGCUCGAAGACAUGGGAGCUGGUCGACAUUGUAGCUCGGCUUUCCAUGCAUCCCAAUCUUUGGAUCCGAGAAGCUGCAGCACAGUUCAUUUCGACCGCCUCCAAGUACUUGUCUAUUGCGGAUACUCACAGCAUCUUGGUGAACCUAAUUAGGCCAUAUCUCAAGGUUGUGCCCUCAGACUUUUCUCAUUUUAGGGUACUCGAAUCACUUAAGCCUCCUCUCUCCAGACUACUCAUGGAAAUGAGCUCAAACUGGGCACUUCAGUCACAGAAAGGGCUCUUCUGGGUCCCCGCGAGACAACAGCAAACGUUUACUUUUGGAUCGAAUGAGGAUAGUUUGCCUUCAAUAUCUGGCCGCGAACUGGACCACAAGGUGCUGCAAAGACUACCCAAGAACGAAGAAGACGAACUCUGGUUGAAGAAACUACGAAAUGCUGGCCUAACAUCCGAAGACGACUUCAAGCUUGUCGCUUUGCGAGAGUUCAUUUGGCGCGUCAGUCACCGUCGUCGGUCGGAUGGUCAAGCAUCCCCUCCUACAAGGUUCAACAAUAUUGUGGCACUGAAGGAUCUAGGAGUACAGGCACUGACAGUGCUCUUCGACGAGGGUGUCCAACAAACAUCGCCCGUGGGCUCCUUUGGGAACAGCGAACACGCACAUACCCUUCGACAACGGCACAGUACGCUGGGUCUCUUGGGUAAGGGUGAAAAUAAAGCCCUGCCAGAGACAGGCACAGUGUCUGCGAAUGUGUUUGGCAAAGUCGAUGGCGCCGUGGUGCGCGAGUCGUCGCGUUCCCGACAGCCCACGUCUCCACUAGCAGUGGAUCAACAUGCUCAAGGCUCAUCCCAAAUUAAAUUCCGCAACGUACACAAUUACACGGGAAACGACCCUGCAAUACUAAAACUACUUGACUCGAUGCUUCUAGAGCGCUUUCCAUCGGGCGAGACUGAAUUUGGUCCUCGCGUACAAGUAGCCGCACGAAAGCAGCCCAUCAGAUACAAGGAUGCUCACCAAUCAGCAGCUGGUGUACCAUGGCGACCUGAAGGCCAGCUUGUUGCUAGCUUCGGUGAGCAUACAGCUGCUGUAACUCGGAUCCUGGUAUCACCCGACCAGGGGUUCUUCAUCAGUGGUUCUGACGAUGGUUGUGUCAAGAUUUGGGACGCAUCGCGCCUGGAGCGCAACAUAAGUCGACGCUCGCGCCAAACGUACAAGUUGGGAGAUGAUGUCAAAGUCACUAGCCUCGUCUUCGUGGAACAGACAUACUCUUUUGUCGCCACGGGGAGCGACGGUAGCGUACAUGUGGUGCGAGUUGAUUAUCAUCAAAGCCAAGAUGGGACAGCAAAAUUCGGAAGACCACGCCUGCUGCGCGAGUACCAACUGCCCAGAGGCGACCAGGCAGUAUGGUCGGAACAUUACAACGAGGACAGUAAAUCUGUCCUUUUGCUAGCAACCAAUACGUCAAAGGUCAUCGCACUAGAGUUGCGCGUCAUGCAAGAGCUCUUCACACUAAAGAAUCCACUUAACCAUGGCACUCCCACGUGCUUCUGUGUGGAUAGGAGAGCGCACUGGCUCUUACUGGGGACGUCUCAUGGCGUGUUAGAUCUCUGGGACCUCCGCUUCAGGCUGCGUCUGAAGGCGUGGGUCUGCCAUGGCGCAGCACCCAUACAUCGGCUCACCCAAGUAGUCUUCCUGCAACCGAAACGAACGCGGCUGUAUAUUGCGGGUGGUAGUGGUCAGGGUGAGCUUACGGUCUGGGAUUUCGAGAAACUCAUUUGCAAAGAGGUUUAUCGCACAGGUACAAGCAAAGACAUGGGGAGCAAGAGCACUACUCUCGUGGACUUGGAUGAGGAAAAACCUGGUGGUAUGCUCGGCCGUUUCGCGACGGCACUCGAGCCUUCUGCGAGUUCGGCAAUGGACCGUGGUAUUCGCGCGCUUGCAGUGCACACACAGACAGUCGAUGAUAAGAGCGAGUCCAAGCAUACCUUUUUCCUCACCGCCGGACCGGACUGGAAGAUCAGAUACUGGGAUAGCAACCGACCAGAAGCAUCGAUGAUUGUAAGUGGCCUAGAGGCGGACGAGGUGAAGCCGCAAUACAUGACGAGCCAGUCUCCUCCUGAUACGAUGGUCGUCACGGAGAGGCUUUCGCAGCCACAAGGCCAAACUCUGAAUGGAAGAGACAGCAGAAGUUCUCCUAGCAGAAAAUCGACGCAAAAGUCUCCAAGGUCCGGCGUCAUAUCCUCCCAGCAGCAGCAUCUACUGAAGAGCCACCUGGACAGCAUUCUGGACGUUGCUUUGAUAGAGCAACCCCAAACACAGGACAACGACGCAAUCGACCUCACCGACAACGACAUCGCGCAGCUUGGCAACUUUCCACUGCAACCUCGCCUGCGCACAUUGUUCCUGGCGCAGAACCGCAUAUCGAACAUCCAGCCGACCCUCUCGACCAGCAUACCGAAUCUGCAGACGCUGGUUCUCACCAAGAACAGGAUCGCCGAGCUGGCAGACUUGGACGCGCUGUCGGGGUUUAAGAAGCUGGUGUUCUUGUCGCUGAUUGGCAAUCCAGUAGCCAGCAAAGAGGGUCCGACAGGCGAUAGGCGGGGGAAGACGGUGUACCCCAGAAUGCUGACCUUUGGCCAGAACUAUCGAUACUGGGUCAUAUGGCGCUGCCCAAGCGUUCGCUACUUGGACUUUGCCAAAGUGCGCGAUGUCGAGCGCAAGAAGGCGACUGAGCUCUUCGGAACUGCCGAGGAACCUACGGAGCUGGCUAGCAAGAUCAUGGGAGUCAAGUCAAAGGGUUUCGUCGUGCCUUCCUUCACCAACGGCGCCGACGACUCGACCAAGGACCGCAUCUACACAGACGACGAGAAGAAGCGCAUGCGAGCUGCCAUCCUCAAUGCGAGCAGUCUGGCGGAGAUGGCGAGGCUGGAGAAGGACUUUGCCGAGGGGAGGAUACCAGCUCAUAUCCUCGAGGGCGGAGAUGCUAUGGAGACGUAG